GUUGUGGAGGAGACGGUGUGGGGGAUCUCUUCAUUCCCUUUCUUUGCUUUCCAUCCCCGGUUCCCAGAGGCGGGCUGUGGCCUGUGAGCAGCCGUUGAGGAAAGGAGGAAAUGGGCGCGGGGAGCGGCACCGGCUUUCACUGAGUGAAACGCGGGGAGGGGUGUGAGGAAGUUAGGAGAGUCCCCCUUUUUGCUGCGUGCCUCAAGUCCGGCUGUUGCCGGGGCGGCAGAGCCGGCUGAAUGGGCAAGACAGGGAUGUGAGACUGUGCGCUUGGGGGAAUAUACCCAGCCCUCCGCCUUGCUUUACCACUACGCAGGCGGUAGAGCGACAGCCUGGCUGUUGACAUAUUUGAAAUCCUGCUUUGGGCAGCAGCAGUACUGUCUCCUGGCGUCUUCCGAUGUCAUACUGCGGCUAAACUCUGACACAAGGUGCUUUGGGAGAGGGUGACGGAGGUGAUUUUUGAGAUGCGUGGCACGGGGCGGGGAGGGAGUGAAGUUGAAGAGCUUGGCUUGCUUGGCCAUAGAAUGACAUUCAGGUGGGGGCUGGGUCAGGGUGUCUUAGUUGCUUAGAAAGUGGUAUCUUAAUUCUGCUCUGGAAAAGACUAAGUUGGUUGUUCGCACCUGGAAUUCUUGCCCGGCCACAAUUAGAAUGAUUCCUACCCCCUCCCCGGCCCCAAAUAAAAGCAGGUAGGGUUGUUUUUUUUUCUUCUGGUUACUGUAGCCUCCUAGUGGGUAUGUAAUGAUAUUGCAUACCAAAGAGGAUGAGAAAAGACUUAUGCAGAAUCCUAAACAAAAUUGGGCUGAUUUAUUCAAGAGCAGAGAAGGCUGUGAGGUCUGAAGCAUUUUUCCGAAUCAUUUGUGAAGCAUGCACAGCCCUGGUGUUCAUAGUGCCUUUGGUGCCCAAUGUCAAAGAAAGGCUUAACCUUCCUUCUUGUGCCAAAGAGGAUGAUUGAAGAUGGCUAUUUUGGGGAUGUACGGCAGAGAUGCAUGAAGUGCCUUAGCCAAAAUAACCCCUGGCUGUAGAUGGAAAAUUGCAAGACACUGUUAAGAGAUGGUUCAAGAAAAUCUACCUCGCAAAUUCCAUUUGUUUGCCCAUGUGCUGCAUCACUGGAGAUCUCAACAGGAACUUGUCAAUUAUUCUUGAAAGUCUCAGGAGAACAUAUGGACAUCAGGUCAAUGUAUUACACUCUAGGAAUGGGUCAAAAUACGAAGCGUUCUUGAUUCAGCAGGCCAAUCCAUCACCAAUAAGCGUGUUAAGAAAACUUAAAAAGACUUCAAAGAAUACCCUCUGUAGUUUCUUCUUAAUUAUUCAGGAUAUAGUAGCUUGACAUCUUUACUUCUGAAAUCAACCGACUUUUCUAAUCUUGUCUUGGAAAUAUUAAAUGGAAUGCAGUCAUGUCUACCCAGGAGGAAAUACAGAUCAAUACAGAAUAUGCUGUAUCCUUACUGGAACAGUUAAAAUUGUUCUAUGAACAGCAGUUGCUAACUGACAUUGUUUUAAUUGUUGAGGGCACUGAAUUCCCAUGCCAUAAGAUGGUUCUUGCUACAUGUAGCUCUUACUUCAGGGCAAUGUUUAUGAGUGGGUUGAGUGAAAGCAAGCAAACGCAUAUUCAUCUGAGGAAUGUGGAUGCAGCCACUUUACAGACCAUAAUAACUUAUGCUUACACGGGUAAUUUGGCAAUAAAUGACACAACAGUUGAACAGCUUUAUGAAACAGCUUGCUUCCUACAGGUAGAUGAUGUGUUACAUCGGUGUAGGGAAUACUUAAUUAAAAAAAUAAAUGCUGAGAACUGUGUGCGGCUUUUGAGCUUUGCUGAUCUUUUCAGCUGUGAGGAGUUAAAACAGAGUGCUAAGAGGAUGGUAGAACACAAAUUUACGGUUGUAUACCACCAAGAGGCUUUCAUGCAGCUCUCACAUGAUCUGUUGAUAGAUAUUUUGAGUAGUGACAAUUUAAAUGUGGAAAAAGAAGAGACAGUUCGUGAAGCUGCUAUGUUAUGGCUGGAGUAUAAUACAGAAUCUCGAUCACAGUAUUUGUCAUCAGUUCUUAGCCAGAUAAGAAUUGAUGCACUUUCUGAAGUUACACAAAGAGCUUGGUUUCAAGGCUUACCACCGAAUGAUAAAUCAGUCGUGGUACAAGGAUUGUAUAAAUCUAUGCCGAAGUUUUUUAAACCAAGACUUGGAAUGACUAAAGAGGAGAUGAUGAUCUUCAUUGAAGCUGCUGCUGAAAAUCCUGGUAAUCUUUACUCUUCAGUAUGUUACAGCCCACAGGCUGAAAAAGUUUACAAACUCUGCAGUCCUCCUGCUGAUCUCCAUAAGGUUGGGACACUUGUAACUCCUGAUAAUGAUAUUUAUAUAGCAGGUGGGCAAAUCCCACUGAAAAAUACAAAAACCAACCACAGUAAAACUAGCAAACUUCAAGCUGCCUUCCGUACUGUGAAUUGUUUUUACUGGUUUGAUGCUCAGCAAAAUACAUGGUUUCCAAAGAGUCCAAUGCUGUUUGUUCGUAUAAAGCCAUCUCUUGUUUGCUGUGAAGGCCAUAUCUAUGCAAUUGGGGGAGACAGUGUUGGUGGAGAACUCAACAGAAGAACUGUGGAAAGAUAUGAUACUGAGAAAGAUGAAUGGACCAUGGUAAGCCCUCUACCCUGUGCUUGGCAGUGGAGUACAGCAGUUACUGUUCAUAACUGCAUUUAUGUAAUGGCACACAACUUGAUGUACUGUUACUUCCCCAGAUCAGAUGCUUGGGUUGAAAUGGCUAUGAGACAAACUAGUAGAUGCUUUGCUUCAGCUGCUGCUUUUGGAGAUAAAAUAUUUUAUAUUGGAGGCUUGCACGUUGGCAGCAACUCUGGUAUAAGACUACCUACUAGCACUGUAGAUGGGUCUUCCGUAACAGUGGAAGUUUAUGAUGUGAAUAAAAAUGAAUGGCAAAUGGCAGCCAAUAUUCCUGCCAAGCGGUAUUCUGACCCCUGUGUCAGAGCUGUUGUGAUUUCUAACUCUUUGUGUGUCUUCAUACGAGAAACUCAUAUGAAUGAGAGAGCCAAGUACGCUACAUACCAAUAUGACAUGGAACUUGAUCGUUGGUUCUUGCGACAGCAUAUAUCUGAGCGGGUACUCUGGGAUUUGGGAAAAGAUUUUCGAUGCACUGUGGGAAAACUCUAUCCAUCUUGUCUUGAAGAGUCCCCAUGGAAACCUCCACCAUAUCUCUUUCCGCCUGAUGGGGCUGAUGAGUUUGAUCUUGAUGGGGAGAUGGUUACACUGCCACCUGUAUAGCUCCCAUAAUUCAGAGACUGCAUGCCUGUAACAAAUUAUGAACAUUCUAUUUGAGAGAAUAGGGCUGGAAAAUGAAAUGUUAAGCUGUCUUGUAUGUAUGCCCUAUCCAAUUUUUUUUUUGUGGCCAUUGAGUGUAAAUCAGUGAAAAUUAUUACUAGAUAUGCUUCCAUAAUCUGAAACAAUCCCUCUGAUAGUUGAUGGGAUCUCUCAU